AUGACUCGCCUUGAAUCACUUCCUAAAUACUUUAGAGCGGAGCCUUCCCCCAAAAUCAUAGACUCUGCAUUCCCACCGUUCAAGGUAGAGCACAGAUACCGCGGUGUCUACGAGAGAGCAGGAUUUGAUGUCAAUUUGAGUGGAAUUGGCAACAAGCCGGACAACUCGUCGAUUCGCUCAAGACCAAAGCAACAGCAGCAACAGCAUCAGCAACAGCAACAGCAACAGCAAUACCACCACAGACAAGAUAAGCCAAUUUCUCCAACGCGUGACCGCUUUAACCUGGCCCCUUCCAAUGGGCCAGCUGGUGGGCAUAUGGCUGGAAAUGGACCACUCAAUGGCAAUGUUCGCGAUGGAGUUCCAAGGACCGGGAGCCAGACUUCCCAUGGUGACUCUACCAACUCACUGACCUCACUGGGGUCUGGAGAAAGGUACAGGACCCAGACUUUUAGGUCGCAGACCACAGCUUCUCAAACGAGUUUACCAAAGCUGGGAUAUCAGAAGCCUUUACAACCAUAUCAGUCGCAAAACAGCCAGUCAAAUCCAUCCAUUCACUCGGAAACUUCUACGCAUAGUCUGAGGAGUAAUUUGACGCAGGUUCAGGAACAAAAUUAUCAAGGUCUGGCUCUACCAAGGCAACCACAACAACAGCAGCCAUAUGGCGCCUAUUCUGAUUUUGAUGAUCCAUACUCAAAGCCAAUAACAAGCGAAAGAUUACCCUAUGGCGGCAGUGCACCAGAAAUCAAUAAUCCCUACCCCACUUCUACUGAAAAUCCAUACGCAGCUUCAAUAGGAAAUCCUUAUGGACACCAGAACCAGUCGUCGAUCCUGAAGUCCAUACCGGAAUCCAUUCACCACAGCCAUCAUGUUAAUCCUUCAAUGGAUGGAGAUUUUGAUUUUAGUCCACAACCCAAUCAUUUCCCUUCCUACGAACAUAAUGAUUAUAAUAACCACAACCAAAACCCUUCAAUUUCCUACUCUGAUUCUACCUCAUCUAGGAAUAAGAAGAACCUAAUGAUAAAGAUUCAGGACUCCAACUAUAAUCAUGAUGAUAUCGAUACCAAUAGCGUGCCUUCGCCCAACAUGUUCUAUGAUAAUUCAUAUAAUAUGGCCAAUACUAAUAAUUCCACGCAAAACACGUCUGUUAACAGAGAUGGAAACGGCCUGCCUGACCUGACUGGUGCUGUAGUGGAGGAUGCACCUCCAUCUCAACUCACAGAAUCUCAGAAGAACGACCUUCCAUAUCCAAUACAUAGAGACCAAAGUUUAAUCAAGAAAAACAAAAGGCUUUCUUCAUCUUUGGACGACUUCAAGAGAGACGUAGAAGAUGUUAAGAAACACACACCUCAGCAGAAGCAACAGCCUGAAUUUGAAACAUUCCAAGACGUCAGUAACCAUCUUAAUUCGCAUGGGAAUAAUGAAUAUCAGACUUAUUUGAACACUCAGCAGUUGACUCCCGAUGGGCAGCGCUAUCACCCUAGACACAGUCAAAUGUCGAUGGUUAGCUCCAUUCUUUCCAAGGAUUCAAUCAAUGAUGAAGAUGCAGAGAUUGAAAGAGAAUUAGAAAGACAGUUACAAAGCUUGAAGACUGGAGGUGAAAACAGGGCCGAAAGACCAGAAGCUGAAGUGAUAGAAAAAAUACCUGAGGAAAUUCCUGAAGAAGUGGAGGAAGAGCAAGUCAAUCAUAAGUAUGCAGCAGCAACCGUCCCAACGUUUAACAUUCAAACAGAAGAUCAAUAUGACAAUGAAGCUCACAAUCAAGAUCUUUCAACUUCUACCCCUUAUCCUAUGGAAGAAAACCUAAAUGAAGUUGAUGACGAUGUUCCACCUAGGUCAAUACCAUUACAAACAAAUGAACCAUUCGACCCUAGAUUGAAAUCUAGACAAAGAAAGGAGCCACUUUAUGAUGAUGAACCCCAAAGUCCAUCUGUUCCUGGUCUUUCUAUCAAUCACAGUUACGCAGAUGAAGAAGUUGUACCCUUGGAACAAAUGGAUACCUCUAUAGAAAAGGAAUUGAAAUUCCUCAACUUUCCAAUUGAUUCCGCAUCACAAGCCAAACAACAACCAGAGCUUGCAGAAAUGCAUCUCCCAGGAAAGGGUCCAUGUAGAACUUGUUUCAGAUCAGUUUUGUCGAAUGGAUCUGGAUCUCAAAAAGCCAUUUUCUCCAAGACUGGUGAACUUUCUGGGCAAUGGCAUAGAUCAUGUUUUGAAUGCAGUUAUGAAACAUGUUCCAUAAAAUUUAAGAAGGGAAUUCAAUGUUACGCUUUGAACGACAAUCCAUACUGCCACAUCCAUUACCACGAAUUGAAUAAUACUUUGUGUCAGCAUUGUAAGGACGGUAUAGAGGGAGAAUGUAUUGAGAACGAAUUGGGACAAAAAUGGCAUUUAAGGUGUUUGAGCUGCUACCAUUGUGGUAAGGGCAUCCAAGAAGAUUAUUAUCUAGUCAAUGGAGAAGUCUUCUGUGAAAGUGAUGCACUUUAUAGAAUCCAACAGGACCGUAACAAAUCCAAGCAGAAUAAAAUAGAGAAAAGAAGAACAAGGUUGUUGUUCGUCGACUAA